UAAUGAGAUUGUGAUUAUAACGUUUUGUAUUUGAUAGGAUGUCCUGAUAGUGGUUGCUCACUUGCUAUGUCCCCCCGAGUUUAUAUCCUUCUCUUCUUCUUACAACCUUUAUUAUCAGAAUCUUCAGACAAUCGUGUUUUCUACACUCGCCCCAAGAUAAUCAGCAACCCUGACAAUGGGGAAGAACUAACGAUAGGAUUGAAACAUAAUUCUACCGAAAUAGUUCUUUUAUUACAUAAAAACAGGGAGUUAUCACGAACCUACAAAAUAUUAGCACAAGACGACGACGGCAAUCUUGUACCAUACAGGAAAGCUCCGCCCUGUCAAUACAGUGGACAUGUAGUUGGAUACAAGUCUUCGAUAGCCAUCAUCAGCAUCUGUGAUGGCAUUAGUGGCAAAGUUCAGUACGGUAGAUAUGUAUUCAAUAUAAAACCAGUGGAGGAAGACACCGGUGAUGAAUAUCAUAGAAAUGAUUAUACUGGUUACGGUGAAGAUCCAGCAAUUCAUCAUAAGGAGCUGGAAGCUAGGAUGAAGAAGUUACAUAGACUUUUUGACCCGCCAGUUUAUGAUAAGGAAAUGAACUUUGGUCAUGUGCACACAGAAAGACAUGACGAUAAGAAGCAUAACUAUGUUAUAAAAUCUCGACAAAAGCGACUAACUUCCUACAAAAUGAAUCAGACACAAAUUAUGAAGGCUAAUGUUAAGAAACUCGAGCGUCGUUACCUCGAAGUUUCUAUCAUCAUUGAUAAAGUUCAACAUGAAAAAUUAGGUAGAAGCAGAGCCAAGACGACCGACUUUGUGGAGGGUGUUAUGAACCACAUAGGAAAUAAAUACAAGCCCUACAACAUUAUAGUAGCUAUAGUACAGCUAGUGAUAUGGACGUCUCGUACUCCUUUUAGCAUGCCUGACGGAUAUACAACGGUCCUGGCCAACACAGCUCAGUACAGAAGAGAUACCUUGAUGAACCAGAAAGAGAGCGAUAUUACAAUCAUGAUCACGGGUGUCCCGUUUAAUGAAGUCUCUACAAUUGGGGGCGCAUACACCAACCAAAUGUGUGACCCUCUCCGGAGCACCAACAUUAACCACGACACCGGCGAAGGGAACAACGUCCCCUAUCUGGCUACUCUGAUAGCUCACGAAGUGGGUCACGUGUUAGGCAUGUACCACGACGUAGACGAUGUUAACAUGAACGAUGAUAAAACUUGUGACUGCCCCUGUAGAAAAGAAGAUUUCAAUUACAAGUCGGGCACGUACGAGAUCCCCGAGUUCUGCGGUACAGACGACAGAUGCAUCAUGUAUCCCACGAUAAACCGUGACUAUACUUACUUCUCUCUAUGUUCCCGCCGUCUUCUUGAGGAACAAUUAAUGUUUGUCCACCGGUGCCUUUCUAAUUCUCCUACCGAGGUUGAAGGGGAUGGGCCAGUGUGUGGGAAUGCUAUCAUAGAGAAAGGUGAGACAUGUGACUGUGGGAGUGAAGAGGAUUGUCCUAUACUGGAUCCCUGCUGUGAAGUGGGGACUUGUCAACUUAAGAACACCAGCAGCUGUUUUACUGGACCUUGUUGCAGUGAUACAUGUCAGUUUAAACAGAAAGGGUCUCUGUGUAGACUUAAAGGUGAGGGUAAGGAAUGUGAUUUCGAAGAGACUUGCAUGGGAGAUACUUCUGUGUGCCCGAGAGAUACCUACAAACAGAAUGGAAGACCGUGUAAGGACGGGAACAGUAGGAAAGGGUUCUGUUACGGCAGUGACUGUCUUACUCUUCUUAGUCAGUGCAGGAUGGUGUUUGGUGAACACGCCUCAGAAGCAAGUGACGAAUGUUGGAACGGUAAUUUGAAGGGGUACUGGCAGGGUAAUUGCGGGUAUGAUUUUGACGGCAUUGAUGAGAGCGGCAGAGUCAGCAACUACUAUAAGUGUGAAGACGAGAACAAAAAGUGCGGUUUGCUGAACUGCAAGAUUCACAAGGACAAUGAGCAAUCUGUCAGAGAUUUCGUUAAGACGGUGCUUCCUAAUGCUAAGACCACUAUCGGAAUAGAAAACCCUCGGGGCAGUACUGACGCCAACUAUGCCUACCGCUGCGCGACAGUACGAUUUGCCCCAAAUAUGAACAGUAACAUGGAGGACGAGGAAUCAGACGGAUUUGUUGACUUGGGUCAGGUUUCUGAUUACACUUCUUGUGGUCGGGGUCUCUUCUGUAAAAGUGCUGUGUGUACGUACGAAGCUCCCACCACCUGCCCCGCCCUAAACGGUUCAGAGUGCGCAGGACACGGCGAAUGUAACAACCUCAACCAAUGUCACUGUGACCAAGACUGGGGUAGUGAUCUCUGUGUGGACUUCCAGAGCCGAGGAGAGAUAGCCAAAGAUUGCCAGGAACUGGUGUCAGAAUACAAGACGAUAAUAAUAAUCCUGUGUAUAGCUGUGGUACUGGUUCCGCUGAUAGUGGGCGUUCUUGUCUUUGUCUUCAAACACAAGUUCGAUAUGAACAAAAUGAAAGAAGAACAGUCCAAAAUUUACAAAGGGCUAAGACGGUUCAGCUCCCGAGCCUUCAGUCGACAAGGUUCCACUUCGGACAACUCCACUCUCGGUGUUAACGUCAAGAUGCCCUCCGUGACCAAGUACAAGAGCAGAGCGAUAGCACCGCUGGACAAGGCCCCACGUGGCACUGUUAUCGCUAACCCCAACUCACGUGACAAACACGUGAAACCAGCACGUCCCAGCAAUGCGCCCACGUGCAAUGGCAAGACUGAUCACAGCGCAGGCCCUCGGGCCAAGAUCAGUUCUUUCCUUUCUGGGCUAAGCUACAUCGAAUAUCUGCCCGUUGACGGUGGAGUAAAUACCUUAGUUUGGGUCCCUAAGUUAGAGGUUCCAACAGUCACAGCCAAGCCGGCUAAAGCCCCUAAACCGAACACUAAACCAGACAACAAACUUAACAACAAACCCAAGAAAACAGAAUUAAGAGUGCCGCCACCACCACCACCUGCUGCCGCCAAGUCUGCUAAACGUUUUGGAACGACUCCUAAACCAACUAUCAGCUUAUCUCCUCUCAGCUCAAAUAAUUCCACCCCUAACUCUAGCCAGACGAGGUUGAAUGGAAGUAGUAACUGGGGUCCACCCCCGGUACCCCCUCCCCCAGCUCCUGAGGCUAAAGCUGUUCUGAGGAACGCAAGAGAGGGACUCCGGCCGGCUCGAUUGGACGACAGAACGCAAAGUGAGACGUUUAAGAACGGUGUGAAUAUUCCUCAGAACACCCUGUCUGAGAAGCCAGUCAGCGACACCAACCUCACCAAGAAACCACUCCAGCCACCCAAACUGUUAGCUGGCCGGUCACGGGAGAGCAAGAAACUCCAGAUUUCCGGGCCGACCGGGCAGAACUUGCAUGGAUUGGACGGCAGACCCAAGUCGCUUGUUGCAACCACUGACAUUAAACAGUCCAGUGACAGCAUCAACACAGUCAGCUCUACUCGGGCCCUGUUCGACCCUAAAAUCAAGAAGAAGGCACCUUCAAGGUGGAACUAAUAUUUCCGGAACGGAAGUUAAACUUCCUGCUGGUGCUCACCACUGUAAUAUAGUCAGAGUCCGAUGAUUGUGAUCACGUGACCAGUAACAGAAUAAAAGACUGAGAUAUGAACUCUGAGCUUGAAUACGAGGCGAUUAUUACUCAUAUUUGUCGAUGUUCUUUGUAAAUGUUGUAUCUUAUUACUAGGAUUAAAAGGUUAAAGUCCAGAAGGUCCAAACUUUAAAAGCGAUGUUGGGAUUGUUUCGUUAUCGAAACAAUUUGUAGUUUGCUGUUGUUAUGGGUUGCACAAUGCAUAUUAAAGAUCUCAAUUAUCUAAUUUUCUUACCUGAAGAAUCAGAGGUCUAUGUUAGAUUCAAUUAGAUAGCAUAAUCUUUGUGUAUUUUUGUAUUUAUAUAAUUGAUGUUGAUUGAGGGUUCAGGGUUUCCAGAAUUCUAACUCUUUUAUUAUUCUUUUAUACGUCUUUUAACCAAAAUAUUAAAUAAACACUAAAAACAAGGUUUAUUUUUAUUCAAGAUAAUAUAUUUUAAUUUUCUACGCUAUGCUCAUAUUUAUUUCGAUAGUGAUGGAAUUUCAAUUGUGAACUUCAUAAAGUUUGGUGUUUGCCGAUGAAUAAUAGUUGUAAUGACUGAUUUAGUUAAAAUGAAUUACUGGUUUACUAGGUGAAAUAAAUUACCGAUUUGAUGGUGAUUUAUCUGAAGAUACUGAUUUUCUCCACUCUUUUGUUAGGAAAUGGUGUAUUCACACCAUGGUGGAGGUUUGUAUUUCAGGCAUUUUGUACACUAAGAAUUAUUUUGUUCUUGUGUACUGGCAGGUUUGGGAAGGGAAAUGUUGAUGAAGGGGCCUGUCGAUGCCUUCUUGCGUAUCCCUUGUAGUAUUUUCCUUACCCCUAUUGAUACUUUUUGGCUGAUUGAACAUUUUUAACGAGUUUGUUUUUAAUUCUGAAUUCUGAUAAUAA